AUGGUGUACUUGCAAGUUUGUGUCAGAAUGGACAAUUCAAGCAUUUUUAUAGAAUGUGGUAGUAGUCAAGGGGAAGAUGUAGAAGUUGAUCACGGUGAUUGUGGUGGUUAUGAUGAUGACACACUUUGGGUUCCUGCAAUUGAGAUGUGUUUUUCUUGUCUAGAGGAAGUUAAAACAUAUUACCAAGAGUAUGCUUUAAAAAAGGGGUUUGGAUGGAGGAUUAGAUCAUCGAAAAAAGGAGAUGACGGGGAUAACAUCCAAAUCAAUGAUGAUGCGGGAGCAAGGAUCAACAAGACUUUUCAAUCGCUUGUUAAAGAUGCAGGAGGACAUGAAAAUAUUCCCUUUUGUGAAAAAGAUGUGAGAAAUUAUAUUAACAAAGAGCGUCGUGCAAUUGGAAAAGAAGGUGAUGGUAAGGCUUUGAUUAGUUAUUUUUGUAAAAUGAGGGAACAAAAUACAGAUUUCUUCUAUGACAUAGAUUUGGAUGAUGAUUUUCAUGUGAGGAAUGUAUUUUGGACUGAUGCAAGAAGUAGAGCCGCUUACGAAUAUUUUGGAGAUGUUGUAACUUUUGACACAACAUACUUGACUAACAAGUAUGACAUGCCUUUUGCUGCAUUCGUGGGUGUGAAUCAGCAUGGUAAAUCAAUAUUACUUGGUUGUGGAUUACUAUCAGGUGAAGACACAAAUUCUUUUGUGUGGUUAUUUAAGUCAUGGCUUCGUUGUAUGCUAGAAAAAGCAUAUUUGGGUAUUGUGACCGAUCAAUGUAAGGCUAUGAAAAAUGCUAUUGAGUUAGUCUUCCCUUCAACUCGUCAUAGGUGGUGUUUAUGGCAUAUAAUGAAAAAAAUUCCAGAAAAGCUAAGUGGAUAUGGUGAAUACAAAAGGAUCAAGUAUGCAAUGAAAGAAACAGUCUAUAAUACAUUUACAACAACUAGUUUUGAACAAAAAUGGUGUUCGUUCAUAGAAAAGUUUGAUCUCCAAGAAAAUGAUUGGUUGGGUGGGUUAUAUAUUUAG